CCGGCGCUGCGGCGUCAAGAUGGCGGCUGCGGCAGUAGCGGCGGCGGCCGCAGCGGCCGCGGCUGCAUCUCUGCAGGUACUCGAGAUGGAGAGCAUGGAGACGGCCGCCGCCGGCUCGGCGGGGCUGGCUGCCGAAGUCAGGGGCAGCGGGACGGUGGACUUCGGGCCUGGGCCUGGCUUAUCUGCCAUGGAGGCGAGCGGGGGCGAUCCAGGCCCAGAAGCCGAGGAUUUCGAGUGCAGCUCGCACUGCUCGGAGCUGUCGUGGAGGCAGAACGAGCAGCGCCGCCAGGGCCUCUUCUGCGACAUUACCUUGUGCUUCGGCGGUGCCGGAGGCCGCGAGUUCCGGGCCCACCGCUCGGUGCUGGCCGCCGCCACCGAGUACUUCACUCCCCUGCUCUCCGGCCAGUUCUCCGAGUCCCGCUCCGGCCGGGUGGAGAUGCGCAAGUGGAGCUCCGAGCCCGGGCCCGAACCCGACACAGUGGAAGCCGUUAUCGAAUAUAUGUACACCGGGCGCAUCCGCGUCAGCACGGGUAGUGUGCACGAGGUGCUGGAGUUGGCCGACAGGUUCCUAUUAAUUCGUUUAAAGGAAUUUUGUGGAGAAUUUCUCAAGAAAAAGCUUCAUCUCUCUAAUUGCGUGGCCAUUCAUAGCUUAGCUCACAUGUAUACCCUGAGCCAACUUGCUCUGAAAGCUGCUGAUAUGAUACGGAGAAAUUUCCACAAAGUAAUUCAGGAUGAGGAAUUUUAUACUUUACCUUUCCAUCUUAUUCGAGACUGGCUGUCAGAUUUGGAAAUUACGGUCGAUUCUGAAGAGGUUCUUUUUGAAACAGUUUUGAAGUGGGUUCAGAGAAAUGCUGAAGAGAGGGAGAGAUACUUCGAAGAACUUUUUAAAUUGCUCAGAUUGUCCCAGAUGAAACCUACUUACCUUACUCGACAUGUCAAACCAGAGAGGCUGGUGGCUAACAAUGAAGUUUGUGUCAAGUUAGUGGCUGAUGCAGUGGAGAGGCAUGCUCUAAGAGCUGAGAACAUACAGUCAGGCACAUUCCAGCACCCCGCUUCUCAUGUCUCGUUAUUACCUCGCUAUGGGCAAAACAUGGACGUGAUCAUGGUCAUUGGAGGCGUGUCAGAAGGAGGGGACUAUUUAAGUGAAUGUGUGGGAUAUUUUGUUGAUGAGGACAGAUGGGUAAACCUGCCCCAUAUUCAUAAUCACCUGGAUGGACAUGCAGUUGCAGUAACAGAAUCCCAUGUGUAUGUUGCUGGAUCAAUGGAACCAGGGUUUGCUAAAACUGUGGAAAGAUAUAACCCAAAUUUUAAUAUAUGGGAACAUGUUUGUAGUCUGAUGACAAGGAAGCAUUCUUUUGGGCUAACACAAGUCAAAGGGAAGCUCUAUAGUAUUGGAGGACAUGGCAACUUUAGUCCUGGCUUUAAAGAUGUUACUGUUUAUAAUCCCGAGAUUGAUAAGUGGCACAACUUGGAAUCAGCACCAAAGAUUCUUCGAGAUGUCAAAGCACUAGCCAUUGAAGACCGGUUUGUGUACAUUGCUGCUCGCACUCCUGUGGACCGGGACACUGAAGAUGGAUUAAAGGCUGUAAUUACUUGCUAUGAUACAGAGACUCGACAGUGGCAAGAUGUGAAAUCUUUGCCACUUAUUGACAACUACUGCUUUUUCCAAAUGUCCGUGGUCAAUUCAAACUUUUAUCAGACAGCAUCAUGCUGCCCUAAGAGUUAUUCUCUAGAAAAUGAAGAGGCAGUCAGAAAAAUUGCCAGCCAAGUUUCUGAUGAGAUCCUUGAAAGCUUACCUCCAGAAGUCCUAAGCAUCGAAGGAGCAGCCAUUUGCUACUACAAAGAUGAUGUUUUCAUUAUUGGAGGCUGGAAAAACAGUGAUGAUAUUGACAAGCAGUAUCGGAAAGAAGCCUACCGAUAUUGUGCUGAGAGAAAAAGGUGGAUGCUGCUUCCUCCCAUGCCGCAGCCUCGUUGUAGAGCCACUGCUUGCCAUGUGAGAAUCCCUUACCGGUACUUGCAUGGCACACAGAGAUAUCCUAUGCCUCAAAACUUAAUGUGGCAGAAGGACCGGAUCAGACAGAUGCAAGAAAUACAUCGGCAUGCCCUAAACAUGCGGCGAGUGCCAAGCUCUCAGAUCGAAUGCUAGGUUCUGUAAUACAUGCAGCUUAAUACAGUUAUACCUGUUUUAUGGAGCUGAAGAUAUCCAGACUGUUACUUGAAAAAGUAUGUCGAUAACUUAUUUUCUACCUGAGUUGAUUAUUGCCCCCUAUAAAGGAAAUAUAGUUAAAAACGGAAGACUGGGAAACUCAAUUCAGUACGUGGUAAUUUUUGUUAGCUUGCAA